GCCACAUUCCAUUUUCCCACGCUUUCCUCCAGACUUGACCAGGUUCCCACGAAAAAAAAAGGUCUCGAAUACCCUCCACCAUCGCUGCCCGCUCCAUCCAGUUAGUUCGCGCUGAGCAUCCAUAGGCGAAGACUAGUCCUCUUGUCCGAGGCCACAGAUAGCACCCAGCAGGCGAUGGUCGGAUUCCCACGGAAGGCGCUCAGUCUAGGAAAAGGAUGGCGCGCGCGAAAGCAAGUUCGACAGUCUGAGAAGUACGACGGUUCCCCGGUACUUCCGCUGCUUCAUGUCCCUCUGCUGCCGCUGCGGCCGUCGAUAUUCGACUCCAUUUUCUACGACGAGCUUAGCAGACCGGUCACGCCGCCAAUGCCGGGACCCAUCACCUUCUUGACAGUUUUAUGCGCUUCGACCGAUCAGAAACAGAUGAUUCUCACACAGGACGAGGAAGGAAGCGAAAACGACGAUUUGGGAUUCCCACCGCCAAAAGCAGACGCCUUACUGCCCUUGAUGACCGUUAGAUCGUCCGCCGACACGUUGCGGAUGUAUAGAUCUCACGGAGCAACCAGCUUCGACGUCGCCCCCAGUCGAGUCGUGCGUUUUGGCGACCUUGAUGCCUCUAUGCGGUGUACGAUGAUCUCCAAAGCGAUGAGCAAAAAUAGACGAAAGUACGAGAGGAUACUAGGAAUGGUGGAGGAGGAAGACGGACGCUGCGUAGACGCGGAGGAGUGCCUUAGGCGUUGGCCCUUGUCGACUGUCCAGCGGUAUUCCCUCGACACGGCGUACCAGAGUAGCGAUGACAGCUUCUAGACUAGCGAGAUAUGCGGGAUGGCAUUCUCACUCCCAAGAUGGAAUGGAGCUCGUGGUAGAUCGGUAGAACCUAUCGCCCCUUGCCCAGUUCGCGCAGGACAUCCCAUCAGACUACAGUAGACAAUAACAUUAAGUCAAUAGUUUGGUAUUGUGAAUAGAAACGCGCACGAUCUUGAAUGAUGAUAUUCAUAAUGCCUGUACGGGGAUGUUCAGGAAUGGAGCCGACGUUCAUGUGCAAGCUUUGUAAAGGAGCCCGCACCCCUUCAGCGAUACAAUGUAAGAGCUAUCUCCGUCAC